UGGUUCUUACGGGAGACUGCGUAGGCCUUAGGUGGGUUCGUGCACUUUUUACCUCGCUGUUUCGGUUUUCCUGGCUCCUCGGCCCUUCUCUCCCCUGUUGCAGCUGCGAGCGGACGAAGCGCGAAGCUGGGGUGGGGACGCGUUUGGCCCGGAUUUGGAUCUCGGAGUACCCGAGUAGGCUGGGGGCGAGGAAGAGAUGGGAGACUGACUCAGGGGCCGGGCAUCGCGUGGCAGCUCCCUCGGACUUCGUUAGGGGGCCUCGGGCGAAGGUGCUUGUGUCUGGAGAGGCGGGAGGCUUGCGCUUACGAAGUAAAGGAUAAUGUCCGUCUGCUUGUGCGAGGAGCUGACAGUUCACUGCGCUUUCAGAUUUUUUACUGUCUCCUUCUGAAGAAUUUAACACAAACAUGGAUAUCAGACCAAAUCAUACAAUUUAUAUCAACAAUAUGAAUGACAAAAUUAAAAAGGAAGAAUUGAAGAGAUCCCUGUAUGCCCUGUUUUCUCAAUUCGGUCAUGUGGUGGACAUUGUGGCUUUAAAGACCAUGAAGAUGAGGGGGCAGGCGUUUGUCAUAUUUAAGGAACUGGGCUCAUCCACGAAUGCUUUGAGACAGUUACAAGGAUUUCCAUUUUAUGGUAAACCAAUGCGAAUACAGUAUGCAAAAACAGAUUCGGAUAUAAUAUCUAAAAUGCGUGGAACUUUUGCUGACAAAGAAAAGAAGAAAGAAAAGAAAAAAGCCAAAGCUGUGGAACAGACUGCAACAACCACAAACAAAAAACCUGGCCAGGGAACUCCAAAUUCAGCUAAUACCCAAGGAAAUACAACACCAAAUCCUCAGGUCCCUGAUUACCCUCCAAACUAUAUUUUAUUCCUUAAUAACUUACCAGAAGAGACUAACGAGAUGAUGUUAUCCAUGCUGUUUAAUCAGUUCCCUGGCUUCAAGGAAGUGCGUCUGGUACCAGGGAGGCAUGACAUUGCUUUUGUUGAAUUUGAAAAUGAUGGGCAGGCUGGAGCUGCCAGGGAUGCUUUACAGGGAUUUAAGAUCACACCGUCCCAUGCUAUGAAGAUCACCUAUGCCAAGAAAUAACAUUUGGGACAGUCGUCUUUAAAGGACUUGGUGUUAUUUAUAGUGUUUGUUUUGAUAACAUUUGGCUGGGUCAUUUUAAUAGUUAGAGAUUAGGGGGAGUAAAAGUGAAAUUUUUGUGAAGGACUUAAAUUAUCCAGUGUUUCUUUAGCCUUGGUGAACUAUGAAAUACGAAGACCUUAAUUUUGUACAAUAAACUUUGUAUUCUGUGUAUAUAAUGCUUUCUUUAUUGACUCAUUGCCCUAUCAUCAAAUGACUGUUCUGGUCUAGAACACACUUAAGGUUUAUAAAAUUGUGUAAUAGGAUGCUUUUCUACUGUUAUUUUGAUGGAGCUAAUGAUACAACAUCAUUGAACCAUUUUAAUAAAAGUUAAGAAGAAUUAGAUCGCAGAAGUUAGUAGGUGACUGUUGUAUUAAUGGUAACAAUGAUUGUUCUGGGUAUUAGAAGAAAAUGAGAUCCAGGUGGGAUCUAAAUUUGAUCUUUGUAUCCUUUUAAGAAAUGAAUAUAUUAUUUUGCUGGUAGUAGGGAUUCCACAGGUUUUCUUCAUUCAGUAUUAAAUAAAGGCUGUGCUUACUGUUUACUGAGAAAACGGAACGGGAAUGCUGUCUUCAAACUGCAUUUAAUGCUCUUUCCUUCGUGAGGCAGGACUGUUUUGAAGUUAAUGCCCAACCUCUUUAGUGAAAGACCUCCAGGGUAAAAAUGUUACUAUCUAUAGUCUUUUUUUUUUUUUCCCCCUUAAGACAAAUAGGCUGAUUAAUAAAGAGUUGCCAGUGCUAAGCUUGCUACUUCUUUGUAAUUCUUAGACACCAAUGUUCAAAUAUUUCCAAAGCCCAUUUUCUUUAGCUUUUGAUUUAUAUUUAAGCCUGUUGAUUCAGUCCUCUGCUGAAUAAACCAUGAGUAUCUCCA